AUGGGCAACUGCACUUUUGAAAGCAAUAAGUCUGAUAAUACUUCAACUACUCUUAUCUCUAAGAAUAACUUUAUGUACCACUACGUGAUCGGGAAGGGAGGCUUCGGCAAAGUCUGGAAGGUAGAGAAAUAAAUAAAUCCCCUACCCGCUACGCAAUGAAGGAGAUGUCAAAGGCAAGAAUACUUGCCAAACGAUCAGUCACUAGUGUCAUGAAUGAACGUAAACUGCUUAAUAAGUUGAAGCAUCCCUUCUUGGUCAAUAUGUGCUAUGCCUUCCAGGAUAGAGAAACCUUGUACCUUGUCAUGGAUUUACUUACUGGAGGAGACAUGAGGUAUCAUAUUGGCAUCAGACAGAAGUUUACUGAAGCAGAAACUAAGUUUAUCAUACAGUGAUUAGUCAUUGGGUUAGAGUAUAUGCACAAUAAUUCAGUGAUCCAUCGGGAUAUCAAACCUGAGAACCUCGUCUUGGAUGAGAAUGGGUAUGUCAGAAUUACUGAUAUGGGAAUUGCAAGGAUCUGGAAUAAAGAAAAUUCCAAAGAAACAAGUGGUACACCUGGCUACAUGGCCCCAGAAGUUAUGUGAAGGCAAAACCAUUCUUUUGUGGCAGACUACUUUGCAGUAGGAGUUAUAGCCUUUGAGAUGAUGAUGGGCAGACGCCCUUACAUUGGGAAAUCUCGGAAAGAGAUCAGAGAUCAUAUUUUUCAGAAACAAGUGCAAAUUAAAAAGUAUGAUUUGCCUGAAGAUUGGUCUUUUGAAGCAGCCGAUUUUAUUAAUAAAUUAUUGCAAAGAAAACCAGCAAAUAGGCUUGGUUUGAACGGUCCUGAAGAGGUUAAGUCUCACAUAUGGCUCAAAGACACUGAUUGGGAUGCCUUAACAAAGAAGAAACUCACAGCUCCGUAUAUUCCUGAUACUGAUAAUGAUAACUUUGAUGCUUUACAAGCAAAUGCCUCUGAUAAAUGGAAUGAUGAAAAUCGAGACCUUUUGAAAAUACAUACACUGGAGUUGAAGAACCUCAAAACUCAGGAACUGUUCAAGAUGACGGAGGAGACUGAGAAGAAGCCAGUUAAGGCUCCACUCAAACCUCCGAGGAAACAUAAAAGAGUAUUUUCUGUUCAAUGGUAA